GUUUCGUAGGUUUGUAUCUUCGGAAAAGGCAGAAGUUUUAACCACCCAGCACGUCGAUUAUAAAAGCAUGUAAAAAUAAGAAAACUUUCCGCAACCACUAGGUUUUGCCUCCUUUCCUCAAAUGGGCGUGUUGGGAUGGAUGAAACGCUCAUCCCAAACCCCGGAGGCGGCGUUACGCCUUUCCCGGCUGUAUCUGCGACGCACCCGGCACUUCGCCAGGGAGAAAAUGCCGACACUUGAUCUCUCAUCGCCUUUUAUUUUUCCUCCAGUCUACGAAGCGAUCGGCACUCCAAGCUCAGCUUCUCUCCUCCUCCAGACAUCACAUCCGGGUCAGUUGCCUGGGAGUGUGUGUGUGGAGCAGCUCCUCCAGCACGGUCAGAGUAACGCAGCCCCAGCCAGCUGCCGCGGGAGCUCGCCGACAUGGAUGCGGCCGCGGGCGCGCAGCGCUCCUGAAACCAGCAACUACUUCACUAAGUAGCGGGGACGGAGACGGGACUGGCAACUUGAUGCCCGGACGCCCGGGUAUUUUGUUCUCAACCAUGUCAAAAAGCCUGAAAAAGCAAAACCACUGGACCAACAAAGUCCAUGAGAUCGUCCUCGGCAAGAGUAAUGAAGGGGAGCUGGGGUUCGAACUGAAAGGCGGCGCCGAGAACGGGCAGUUUCCCCACAUCGGGGAGCUCAGGAACGCCAAAGUGGCCGUCCAGAGUGGCAAGUUGUCCCAGGACGAGCUGCUUCUGGAGGUCAAUGACACGCCGGUGGCCGGACUGACCACUCGGGAUGUGCUGGCUGUUGUCAGGCACUGCAAAGACCCCAUCAGGCUCAAGUGCGUCAAACAAGGAGGCAUCGUUGACAAAGACCUCCGGCGCUACCUCAACCUCCGCUUCCAGAAGGGCUCCGUGGACCACGAGCUCCAACAGACCAUCCGGGACAACCUCUACCUCCGGACUGUGCCCUGUACAACGAGACAGCCCAAGGAAGGAGAGGUCCCAGGGGUGGACUACAAUUUUGUGACCGUUGACCGGUUUAUAGAACUGGAAAAAAGUGGGGCCUUACUGGAGAGUGGAACAUAUGAAGAUAACUACUACGGCACCCCCAAGCCCCCGGCGGAACCCACCCCUCUGCUGCUAAAUGUAACGGAGCAGAUCCUGCCUGGCGCCCGACCCAGCGCAGAGGGCAAGAGGAAGCGCAACAAGUCCGUCACCAACAUGGAGAAGACCGGAAUUGAGCCCCCCGAGGAGGAGGAGGAGGAGAGGCCCAUCGUCAAUGGCAACGGCGUCAACAUCACCCCAGAAUCCAGCGAGCAUGAGGACAAGAGCACGGAUGCAUCGGGCGACAGCACCACCCAGAACGAGUCUGCUACACUCACCUCCAUGGAGGUAUCCAAGGAGGAGGGAGAGCCCCCCAAGUCACCCCCAAAGCCAGACGAGAAUGAUGAGCUGGGGCCCUUGCCUGACAACUGGGAGAUGGCCUACACAGAGAAGGGAGAAGUCUACUUCAUUGACCACAACACCAAGACCACAUCAUGGCUGGAUCCACGACUCGCCAAGAAGGCUAAGCCACCGGAGGAAUGCAGAGAGGAUGGGUUUCUCUCCUUUGUGACAGUCGAGGAGGGUCCCUCCUCAGCAACGUUACCUAGGCCCAAACUGGCUCACUUGGGCCCCGCCCCCGAGCGUUCCCACAGCCUCACCGACCUGUCCGAGUUUCCUGACAGCAGGGCAAGAGCAUUCAGCUUUCAUGAGAAGCCCCUGUUCACACGAGACCCCGCCCAGCUGAAGGGCACCUUCCUGUCCACCACCCUGCAGAAGAGCAACAUGGGCUUCGGCUUCACCAUCAUCGGGGGGGACGAGCCCGACGAGUUCCUGCAGGUGAAGAGUGUCAUCCCGGAUGGACCCGCCGCCCAGGACGGCAAGAUGGACACAGGUGAUGUCAUCGUUUACAUCAACAAUGUCUGUGUCCUGGGCACCACCCAUGCCGAUGUGGUCAAGCUCUUCCAGUCUGUACCGAUUGGCCAGAGUGUAAGCCUAGUGCUGUGCCGUGGCUAUCCUCUGCCCUACGACCCGGAGGACCCGGCCAGCAGCAUGAUCUCCCCCAUGGGGCUGAUGGAGCGUCCCCUGGUGGUCAACGGAAGGAACAACUAUGAUAGCUACAUGGAGUACAUCUCGCGGACAGCGCGGUUCGUGCAGGAACACGGCGAGCUGCUGCCCCCUGCCCAGCAGCAGCCCCCCCUGCAGGCCCACCCCGGCGACACCCACCUGGACAGCACGCCACACGAGGACAAUGUCUCCAUGGCAUCUUCUGGGGCGACCCCGGCCGAGCUGCUGACCAUCACCAUGGUGAAGGGGGCCGACGGCUUCGGGUUCACCAUCGCCGACAGCGGCGCCGGCCAGCGCGUCAAGCAGGUGCUGGAGCCACAGGGCUGCCCGGGCCUGCAGGAGGGUGACCUCAUCGUGGAGAUCAACCAGCAGCCCGCACAGGCCCUCAGCCAUGCCCAGGUGGUGGAGCUGCUGAAGGAGUGCCCGGUGGGCGCUGAGGCCACGCUCACGGUGCAGAGGGGCGGGACAGGUCACUUUUCACCCUGGAAGACCCCUAAACAGGUGCUGGAGCAGUGGGACCUCCAGGGCAGCCCCCAGACCAGCCUCUCUGCCCCUGUCCUCCCCCAGAGCACCCCAUUCCCAACCCACCACCUGCACAGGGCCUCAGUCCCCGACUCGGCCGAGGGCUUUGAUCUGAACAAGCCUGACCCCUAUGACCUCUAUGAGAAGUCCCGAGCUAUCUAUGAGAGUAGGCAGCCGGGGCUGCCCCGAACAGCCUUUCGAGUGGAUCCCUCCGGGUCCGAGUACCUGGAACUGGACGUCCACCUGCGCCGGCAGAAGUCCGGCUUCGGAUUCCGGAUCCUGGGAGGUGACGAGGCGGGACAGGCUAUCUUGAUUGGGGCAAUCAUCGAGAAGAGCCCAGCAGAUCGGGAUGGGCGGCUCCGGCCGGGUGACGAACUGGUGUUUGUAGAUGGUGUCCCAGUGCUGGGGAAGACACAUCGGCACGUCAUUGACUUGAUGCACGCGGCCGCCCGCAACGGACAGGUCAACCUGACUGUACGGAGGAGAAUCCAGGGAACAGCGCCACCUAGCAGCGAACCCUGUCCUGAGAAUGGCCGGAGCCCGGGCUCCGUAUCCACGCAGCACAGCUCCCCCCGGAGCGACUUUGCCUCCAGCUCCAUCGCCCCGGGGCCGGCCACGGGCUGUGGCUCCGCUCCGGAAGCCCCGCCUCCCCAGGGUGCACAGACCAGCGACGUGGUGAUCCACCGCAAGGAGAACGAGGGCUUCGGCUUCGUCAUCAUCAGCUCGCUGAACCGCCCAGAAUCCAACGUGACCAUCACCGUGCCCCACAAGAUUGGCCGCAUCAUCGAAGCCAGCCCGGCCGACCGCUGCGGGAAGCUGAAGGUGGGGGACCGCAUCCUGGCCGUCAACGCACAGUCCAUCGUCGAUAUGCCACAUGCCGACAUCGUCAAGCUGAUCAAGGACGCCGGGCUCAGCGUCACGCUGCGCAUCAUCCCGCAGGAGGAGAUAAGCAGCCCACCCUCAGCCCCCAGCUCAGAGAAGCAAAGCCCUAUGGCCCAGCAGCACAGCCCCAUAGCCCAGUCCAGCCCGGCACCCCAGACCAGCCCGGUGGCCCAGCACAGCCCGGUCACGCAGGCUCCAGCCCCAGCCCCAGCCCCACCUCCUCAGCUCUACAGCCACGACGGCAGCUACAGGUCGGAGGUGAAAGCGAGGCAGGAUGUCAAACCAGACGUUCAACAGCCCCCGUACACCGACUACCGCCAACCUCCCGUGGACUACCGACACCCCCCGGUGGUGGACUACCGGCAGACCUCCACGCUGGACUACAGGCACCCGCCCCUGAUGGACUACAGACCCGACGGCCGACAGUUCCCCAUCUCUGACUACAGACAACCCCAGGACUUUGACUUCUUCACCGUGGAGCUGGAGAAGAGCGCGAAAGGAUUCGGCUUCAGCAUCCGCGGCGGGCGGGAAUACAAGAUGGACCUGUUCGUGCUGAGGCUGGCCGACGAUGGACCUGCCGUCCGCAAUGGAAGGAUGAGGGUCGGAGACCAGAUCAUCGAGAUCAAUGGGGAGAGCACGCGGGACAUGACCCACGGCCACGCCAUCGAGCUGAUCAAGUCCGGGGGGCGCAGGGUGCGGCUGCUGCUGAAGAGGGGCACCGGGCAAGUGCCUGAGUACGGAAUGGUACCUCCCAGCCUCUCCAUGUGCAUGAAAAGUGACAAGCAUGGCUCCCCCUAUUUCUUCCUAAUGGGCCACUCUAAAGACACGGUUUGUAAAACGCUGCAUGCCUUCUUACCUCUAAUUCUGCUGCAGCUGGUUGCAGUGUGUUUGCAAUGUGACUUGUCUGGGCAGUUAACAUCCAGAACGGGGCACCAGAUCCCGGGCUCUUCACACCAACAUUGCCCCCUCAAGCUUCCCCCUCCACCCUUGUUCACAGCGUUCACCCACCUGCUAAAAUCGAGUCCUGAGGAUCUGCUCUGCAUCUUAAGCUCAAUAGCAGUCGACAGUCCCACCCCCUGGGAUGCUCGGCCUGCAGCCUCCCCAAGUCUGUCGGAAGUAGCCCCACCCCCCGAAGCUCUGAACGCCACGCCAUCACCGUCAUCGCUUCCGGCCCCUCCCCUUGACCCCCAGCACCUACUCUCCCCGGAGACGGGCCGGGAGCCCAUGCACGACAGCAUGGCAGAGCACCUGUCCAGCCCUGGGAGGGCGGAGCAGGCCGCACCUGGGAGGAGGCAGACGGAGCACAGGGCCAGUGGGAGGGGUGAGCGGAAAGAGGGUGGCAGGUCCGCCCAUCGGGGUGUCAGCGUGGGUGGACAGGGGACCCCCGAGAGCCCCGUGGGUUGGGAUGAGCAGGUCCAGGAAAACUCCAAGCCCUACAGAGCCUCCCGGGGAAAAUCCAAGGAGAGGAGAGGCGGUGAGAGCAGCGCCCCCCACAGGGAAAACAGGCAUCUGCCACACUCCCUAAAGGCCACCGGGCUUGGAGACACACAUUCCAACGUGAACGGUGGCACGCCAAGCAAUGGAGGCAGCACAGACAGGCCAGCCCAGGAGAAAUCCGGCCCCAGGGACCCAGAGAGAGUGUCCGUCGAGGCCCGUCCCUACCGGGGAUCCAAGGGAAACAGCGGGGGCAGUGCCAUGGCGGGCAGAAAGGCCACAGUGUCCCCCGGGCCCUGGAAAAUCCCUGGGUCGGAUAAGCUACCCAGUACACUACGAUCUGGGACAUCCACUGUGAGCAGAUAACGCCAUAAAGACUGCAGGCCAGGCCACACCAGGCAAGGCUUGGUCAGGCCUCCAACAGGCCCGCCAGCCGUCACCAUCAGAUGCAACACAUGUUUUUAGAGAAUCUUUUUUUUUUUAUUUAUAUGGUAUUUUAAAUUAUUUUGAGAUAUUACACCCACCACCUUAAAAACUCAAGGCAUCCAUUAAAAAAAAAAAAAAAAAAACUAGAAAGAAAAAGAAAAAAAACUGAAUGUGUAGCAUGAUGGGAAGACUCCUAUAGUGCUGAAUCCAAACAACUCGACUGGAGGUGGCAUAGGGGCGGGACCUGCCUUUAAGAAGCUCCGCCCUUCUCUUCCGGCAGCUGGCUGUGAAGCCGGAUCACAUGUCGAGGAGCUGGCCACUGGCAUUCAGCCAGUGCUGGUUAUGGCUGGAUGCUUCUUGAUGGGGUUUGCCUGACAUGACCUUUUGUGCCGUUGACAAGGCAAUGAAACAAAAAGAAAUGAUGUGGAAAAAGAGGAUUUUAAUCGACAGAAAGCUGCCUUAAAACUAUCCUGAGAUAGAAAGAAAGAUAUAUCUUUAAUAAUGAUCAUUUAGAUGUAUAGAUAUAUAGGUAUAUUAUAUAAAUAUGUGAAAACAUGUACAUAAAAUCAUUUCGGAGUAUAUGUACACGGGCAAAUAUACUGAGAUGCUAUUCAAGCAGGGAGAGUCUGGUGACACAGUAGGGCACUCUGACUCCUCACUGACUCGUCUCACUGACUUGUCUCAGCACGGUGUCCUGAAGCGUGGGUUGACUCACAGAACCCAAAAUGACCCGGAACGGUUUCCGGUUUCCGUGCCACAAGAGGUCUGGGCUCUGUUUACCGCAGAACACGAGCCAAGCCACUGUGGAGGGAUUCACCUUACCUGGGGGGCAGGAGGCUUCCUCCUGGCAUGCGGCAGGGGCAGAGUGCCUUAAGUGGAGAGACCAGGCCGAGUUGCUAGUUUGAAUGUUCACCUGUUGGAGGCAGCAAAGUGACACAAACUGAGCUGUGUGCUGCUGUCACUCUGCUGCAGGAGAAAAAGGAGAAAGUGCAGCAGAUCAGUAAUGGGCAUAAAUGCCUGUUUCUUCCUUACGCAGCGUUAUAUCACGAUUCGUCUCAUCUGUAUCGACAGCUCAGUCACCUCCAUGAAGUCAGUUUGCACCAAAAAAAAAAUUUAUUUUCUUAUCAUUGUAUUAUGGAAAAAUCAUUGUUUAUGCCAGAUCUGCUUUAUUUUUAUGUACAUUUAUCUGCUAUCUAGUAACAGAAUGAACGAAUGAAUUUUGCUUAGUCUGUUUUUGUCAUAUGAAGGAUAAUUAGCUCACUGUAGCUGACAUCAAAAUGGAGUAUGGUUACAGUGGUGCAGGUAAAUUUUUGCAGGUCAUACCUGUUCGAGGCUGAACAGAGCGCAUAGAUUUAAUGUGUGGAACUAAGGGGCAUAAUAAGCAAUCACGCAGCUGAAGGAUGCAAAAUGUAAUCUGUAGCACCCCCUCAUGGUCAGACGUGGUGGUGCAAAAGGAUGCAGUACCGGUCGUUUUUAUAAAAAGCGUUCAGGAAAAGGGCUGGUUAUCUCUCUGCUUUCACUGUACGAGUGCUGUUUUGUCCGCAAUACGGACAUUACUUAAUGGUGUCAUCAUCGUUGCAGACAAACUGUCUGAAUUUGACCGUAUUUGAGCAUUUCUCUGACGUUAUUUGAACAUACUUGGCAAUUAGUAUGAUAGGUUUCCCAUAAAAAAUAAGACAUCUGCUUUUCAGCUACGUGAAGGUAAUUUAUGUUUUUGUGUCUUACAAAAAAAUCCACAAUAUAUAACCGUUUACAGGAAGCCAGUCGGCGGCCAAACAGGCGUUCGGAAAGUGCUGAGCGCCAAGCGAAAAGUUCGCCCAACGUUACAUUUGCGUUAAAAGAAACGUUGCAAGAAUGUUAUUAUUACCGUCGUUGGACUGAGGCCUCGCGAUUGGCCAAACAGGAUCAGCAGUCACAUCUACAAGGCAAUCAGAGUUGUACAUGGGUGAAGUUCUCGGUCAGAGAUGACGCAACUGCAAGGAGACAUCUAUAUGAUUGACUUAAUUGUUUUUGAACCACUUAUCGCGUUAAAUUCAAGCAUGAAUAUUUAAACAUCGUACCCCAGAGGCAUAUAUAUUUAAUGCUUCUGGGAACAUUUUCCCUAAAAACAAAAUUAUUUCGCAAUUAGUAACAUUUACUUAUUACCGGAUGUUGUUGUAAAACUAGCUGUUACAUCUUAUUAACGACGGAUGUAAUUCUAAUUUGCUGACAGCCACUGUAUGGGAAUGCAAGGAAAAUUAAGGAUGUUUAUUUCCAUGGUAACGUUUCAAUUAUUUUUAAUUUUUGGAGUGACACAGAAAAGAUGUGCAAUUUGAGUGUGAACACGCUUAGCAGUAAUCAGUAAUAUAUUCUGUGUUCAGUUACAGAAAAAGCAUGCCCCUUUAAGAAUCAUUCAGAAUAGCUAUAGAUUCAUUCCUGACAAUACGAUACAGACACCGUUGCUGGCUGCAAUCCCUUAAUCUGUUUGGAAGACCCUGAAUUAUAACAAAGCACAAAUAUCAGCAGAAGAUUGACAAAAGCCAAUGCCACCCAGAGGACGGGUGGCAUGUCCGGGAAAGGCGCGCUGCCGUCCUGCAGUUCAGAGCGAUGCUUGUGUAGUUCGGCAGACUCUCACCUGUAUGCUCCGUGUCGACUGGUUCAGUUUUCUGUGAACUGUAAUACGUUUUCUAUAGAACGGCGAUAAUUAAAAGGUGAGUCUUUGAAGGGUGGCGCUUACGUGUGAACACCAUUCCGAUCAGUAAACUGUGUAGUGUUAGCUGUGUAUUUACCUUUGUACAGCUGUAUCUCUAUAAAUAUGAUUCAUUGUAUUAAUAAUAGUCACAAAGACUGUAAGUGAGCAACUAUUUUUAUGAAAUGCAACACUAUGGAUAUAUUAACUUUUGCAGAAAUCUUGUUUACUGUAUGAUAUUCUAAAAUAUUGUCAAAUAAAAUCUUGACACAGUGUAAAGUA